GCCUCGGGCUGAUCGUGAUCGGAAGAGGACUGUCAGAAGGCCCUAGGAAGCCCAGUGUGCUUUUGGAAAGCAAAGACUCUUUACCUGCAAACUUUACAAGGAAUGUGCAGAAAGCCAUUGAUAAAUACACCAGUGAAUCCUCCACUUUCUCCUCCAGCGGGAGGGACACACCUACAGAGACCCACAACUCAUGGCCGGGGUCUUCCACACAGAGUUCCACCGCUGGUCUGUCUACAGAGAGGAGCUCGGUUUAUUCCUGGAGAGAUGAUGAAUUUGACAAAGUCAAUGCACAGAAGGUGCAGCAGCUGUUCUGGGAGGUGGAGGAAAUGUUAUUUGAAGGGAAAGUGAGUCCCCAAACCCAGAAUCUGCUGGCGGAAUGCAGCCAGUGGGCAGAAAGGUCUCUCCAUCUGAGGGUGUUAGGAAGACAGCUCAUACCUCCAACCGAUGAGGGCUUCCGGCACUUCCAGAGGAGUGAGGCUGCUUCUGCCCACCACAGGCCUCUACCUGCUGCCCCUGAACAGAGUGGCAAUGUCAGAGAGUUGUGCAUCUCUGGCUGCCAAAUAAUCCCAGCUGCCUUCCCAUCUUCUGCCCUGCCAGGCCCUGAGGGCACAGGGAUUGCUGACCUCCACGCAUGUCCAUCCCUGGAAGAAGAAGUUUAUAAUGAGGAUGGGAAGUUUGAAGAGUAUUUUGCCUUUGAUGGAAAAGACAAUGGUGACGAACAGCUGGGACAAACAUCAGUUCAUCAUGGCAGAAAGUGGAAUAAACACGGGCUUCCUCCUGUUUCUCCGCAUGACUGUAUCAAAGAUGCUGUGGCAGCAGAAGUAUUUGAUCAUGUCUGGAAAAAUGUGGUAGAAAUACUCCAAGAGCUGAUUCGAAAAACUUGGGAAGCUACGGUCACAGAAGAAAAAAAGCAGAACGAAAAACUGAAAGUAGCUGAGAACAGAGCUUCCACUGUAUACGUCUCCCGGGUCAGCACUGAGGUGGCCAGCGUCCCCCCGUCCAGAAGUUCUGAAACUCGUGGCAUGUCACUAGCCUCUCAUCUCCAUCCUCCUCAGAUCCAUCGCUUCUCCAACAAUUUCUACAGUGAUUUGAAUGGUGUGAUGACAAUUCAAGCCAAACCGCUCCAGCAAAGGCCUUCCUACUCCACAGACAGAACACAGAAUGAACAAGAGGACAGAUUAUCUGGUGUGGGAGCCAGUGCUCUUUCCUAUACCCGGGCCUGCCUGGGACGAAUCUCAGAAACUCGUGGUUUACAGACUUCGGGCAAGAAAACAGCAGUGCACAGGAGGCUGCCUUCUUUGCCUUCAGAAUCACAGAGACUGAAAACUCCCAACGUGUACAGCGAUGAGAUUCUCAGAGGAACCAAACUGCAGACUGGCCUAGAUCACCUGUCUUCCCCAGCAGUUCAAGCUUCCCGGAAUAGAUUACCCCCAAUAGGCUCAGAAGUUGGGGAACAGAACACAGCAGUUUCUGGAUCUCGCUUUGUUUCCUACAGAGGAAAGCACCCACAAAACCGUGUACUGAGUGCACUGCCUGACAGCACAGAGCGCUCACCUCUUCGAGAAAGAACCAUUAUCUUGGAACAGCGUUCAAGGCCCAGCACAACUCAUACAUUCCGGUCAGAUACACCUCGGAAAAGUUCGUUGACACCCAUGGAGUUUACUGGUCACACAUGGACUGGGCAAAGUCUUUUAACAGGUUCACAAUAUAUGCCUAAAUCUUUUCAGAGGACAACUUUGACUUCAAGGAAGAGGUUCCAAGUGGCAUCUUGAUACUGUGUGUCCCAGAGUUAUGGACUUACUGGGGCCUUCAAAAACCCAACCCACAAGUAUUAUACUAUAUAUCUAUUAAUCUGCUUGUCUUACAUUCUGACAUGUGAGACUUCCUGAGAGAAAUGUAAACCAAUAUGUUAACAUAAUGUUUUCACUGUACAGAGAAUAAAAGUUGAAAUGACUAAUC